CUAAAUCCUAACCACAAUCGUCGCUGUCAAUUUAGAAUAAAACAAGGCGUGCAUUUUCGGCGUCUUUAACUGUUUCCAUAUCCCAGGUCCUUAUAAAUUACUUAAUUCUAAUACCAAUAAACUGGUAUUAUAUGGUAUAUAUUUCUACACUCCCAUAGAGUUCCCCCUGAGUUCUCAUCGAUUUCGUCGCCAUGGAUAUUCGGCCAAACAACACAAUCUACAUCAACAAUUUGAACGAGAAGAUCAAAAAAGAGGAACUGAAAAAGUCCCUGUACGCCAUAUUUUCCCAAUUCGGGCAAAUUGUGGACAUUGUCGCGCUAAAAACGCUGAAAAUGAGGGGCCAAGCUUUUGUAAUAUUCAAGGAGAUUCAGAGCUCAACAAAUGCGCUGAGGUCUAUGCAGGGGUUCCCGUUUUACGACAAACCCAUGAGAAUUCAGUACGCAAAAACCGAUUCCGACUUGAUAGCUAAGUUGAAGGGCACAUUCCAAGAGAGGCCCAAGAAAGUCAAGCCGCCACAAGCUAGAGACGAUGAAAUGCCCAGGAAAAAGAAGAAGGGCAAGGACGCCAGCAAAGCUCCAGGAUCCAAUGCUGAACAACCUCCUAAUCAAAUUCUGUUCCUUACAAAUCUUCCAGACGAGACCAGCGAAAUGAUGUUAUCCAUGCUGUUCAACCAAUUCCCUGGAUUUAAAGAGGUGCGAUUGGUGCCAAACAGGCACGAUAUUGCCUUUGUGGAGUUCGAGAACGAACUGCAAUCAGCAUCAGCCAAGGAUGCCUUGCAAAGCUUCCGAAUCACGCCCACACAUGCGAUGAAAAUAUCGUUUGCUAAGAAAUAAUCUUUUUGCUACUGUUACUUUAAGGUGCGUAAAAUUUAGUUUAAAGUUGGACUAAUGAGGAUCAUUUGUUUUUCGUGCGAAGAAAGGCAUUUUUAUCAGUAAUUUGUUUUAUAAGACAUCGAUAAAAGUGAAUAAAUUGAUUUGAAUUA